CGCAAUGACAUCACAACGUCAUUUAGCAACUUUUAGCAACAAAUCAACCUGCAUCUAGCAACUUACCCUGAAAAUUAGUUGGCAACACUGGCAGUGAGCACACGGAAAAACAAGUGUGUCAUGUAGGAAUCUGGGGGCACCGCUUCCUGCUUGAAAAGGACACCAUAAAAAAGGAACGUCAAAAUGGUUCGAAGCAGACAGACCAGAGUACUGUUCCUGAAUGACAUGGAGCGACUAGAGAGGACUCUGUUCCGACUAGAGCAAGGCUUUGAGCUCCAGUUCCGGUUGGGGCCCACUCUGCAGGGAAGGCAUGUGCAGGUCCACACUAACUACCCUGCGGAGGGAGAGAAGUUUGACCGGCUUAAGUUCUGGCCUCUGGACUGGAUAAACCCAACAGGGAGAGAGGAUGACUCGGACAAGUACUGCAAACUGGACCUGCAGGUGGCAGGGUCCUACCAGUAUUACUUUUGUGCUGGGAAUGAAGAGAAGACUGGUAGUGGCUACGUAGUGGUGGACCCAGUGCUGCGUGUGGGUGCUGAUAACCAUGUACUACCCCUGGACUGUAUUGCCAUUCAGACAUACCUGGCCAAGUGCCUGGGGACUCUGGACGAAUGGCAGGACAGGCUCAGGGUUGCCAAGGAGACCGGUUAUAACAUGAUCCACUUCACCCCGCUGCAGAAGUUAGGGAUGUCUCGCUCCUGCUAUUCUCUGGCCGACCAACUGGAGCUCAACCCAGAGUUCUCUACUGAAGGGAAGAACUACACCUGGAUGGAUGUGGGCAACCUGGUGGAGAAACUGAAGAAAGAGUGGAACAUGGUCUGCAUCACUGAUGUGGUCUACAACCAUACAGCUGCUAACAGUAGGUGGUUGUGUCUACACCCUGAGUGUGGCUAUAAUCUGGUGAACUCUCCUCACCUGAAGCCAGCCUGGGUGCUGGACAGGGCUCUGUGGCACCUCACCUGUGACAUUGCAGACGGGAAGUACAGUGACCAUGGUGUUCCUGCUCACAUCGAGAAUGAACACCAACUCCACAUGCUGCGAGGUGUUCUGUUGGAUGAGAUCUACCCCAGGACCAAGCUGUGGGAGUUCUACCAGGUGAAUGUGGAGAAGGCUGUGGAACAGUUCAGGAAGCUGCUUCAGGCAGGAGGCAAAGCAGUGAGAUUAGAGAAUGAGGAUAAGAAGCGUCUGAGGAUCCUCCCGGACCCCCAUUGUCGACGCUUCGGUAACACCGUGGACAUGACCUCAGCCUUGGAGACCUUCAUACCCAAUGGCAAUGAGCCCUCAUCCAUCCAGGAGUGUUGUAACUGGUUGAGGAACAGACUGGAGGAGCUGAAUGUGGAGAGCUAUAAGGAGAUGCACUACCAUGAGGAACAGGCCACCAACUGCAUUUUGGGAAAUGUAGUGUACGAACGCCUUGCAGACCAUGGGCCUAAGUUGGGACCUAUCACCAGGAACCAUCCAGUGGUGUGUGGAUAUUUCACCUUCCCGUUUGAGGACAACUUGACCUUUGACCAGGAAAUGCAGCUGAUGAGCCAGACAGACAAAGCGUGCCAUUUCCUGGCCCACAACGGCUGGGUGAUGUCAGACGACCCCCUGAGGAACUUUGCAGAGCCAGGCUCUAACGUGUACCUGAGGAGAGAGCUGAUCUGCUGGGGAGACAGUGUGAAGCUGCGUUAUGGUGAGAAACCAGAGGACUGUCCCUACCUGUGGGCCCACAUGAAGAAGUAUACAGAGAUCACAGCCCAACACUUUGCGGGCGUGCGGUUGGAUAACUGUCACUCCACUCCUCUACAUGUGGCCGAGUACAUGCUGGAGAGAGCUCGCGAGCUGAAGCCUGACCUGUAUGUGGUGGCUGAGCUGUUCACGGGCAGCGAGGAGCUGGACAAUGUCUUUGUCACUAGACUGGCCAUUACCUCCCUCAUUAGAGAGGCUAUGAGUGCAGGGGACAGUCAUGAGGAAGGCAGGCUGGUCUACAGGUUUGGUGGAGAGCCUGUGGGCUCGUUCGUCCAGCCCAGCCUCAGACCUCUGGUGCCCUCUAUCGCCCACGCCAUGUUCCUGGAUGUUACCCAUGACAACGAGUGUCCUGUCCAGAUUCGCUCUGCGUACGACUCCCUCCCGAGCUCUGCUAUCGUCUCCAUGGCCAGUUGUGCCACAGGCAGUACUAGAGGAUAUGACGAGCUGGUCCCUCACCAGAUCUCUGUUGUGAAGGAGGAGCGCUUCUAUCCGAAGUGGAACUCGGAGGCCAAGCCCUCCUCUGCAGGAGAGGUGAACUCCCAGAGUGGUAUCAUCGCUGGGAAACUGGCCCUCAACAAGCUGCACCAAGAACUGGCCUCUAAGGGCUUCUCACAGGUCUAUGUGGACCAGGUGGAUGAGGACAUAGUGGCAGUAACCAGACAUUGCCCCAGCACACACCAGUCUGUGGUAGCUGUGUGUCACACUGCCUUCAGGAACCCCAAGACCUAUCAAUAUAGACAGGAGGUUCCCCCCAUGUGCAUCCCAGGUAAAAUAGAGGAGGUGGUCCUGGAGGCCAGGACCGUGGAGAGGAUCGCUGGGUCUUACCAGAAAGACCGGAAGAGCAUCAACGGUCUGCCUGACCACACAUUAGAGAUCAGAGAACACAUCCAGCUACAUGACAGCAAGAUUGUGAAACAGGAUGAUGUCAUGUGUAAGGGCCGCAGUGAAUUUGUCCAGGAGAUUGAAUUCGAACACCUCAGCCCUGGUAGUGUGAUAGUGUUCAGGGUGAGUCAGGACCCCAAGUCCCAGGAGCUGGUGGGGUUUCUGAGGAGACACCUGGUCCAGUUCAGUGACCAUUACAAGACGGGCAGUAUGCCUGACAACAACGCGCCAGCCAUACUCACUACUCCACUGGCAGCUAUUAUGUCCAAGGUGACCCUGGCGGACAUGAACGUGUUGCUGUUCCGUUGUGACGCUGAAGAGCAGGAGGACGGUGGAGGCUGCUACAACAUCCCUUCCUGGAUGAGUCUCAAGUACGGAGGCCUGCAAGGUCUGAUGUCGGUGAUGGGGGACAUUCGUCCCAAAAACGACCUGGGACACCCCUUCUGUGACAACCUGAGACAGGGGGAUUGGAUGAUCGACUACGUCAGCAACCGGCUGGUCAUCAAGGGAGGAGCACUGGGCGAGGUAGGCAAGUGGUUCCAGGCGAUGUUUACCUAUCUGAAGUGCAUCCCUCGCUACCUAGUGCCAUGCUACUUUGACUCCAUCAUUGUUGGGGCUUAUACCACCGCCUUGGAUAUUGUGUUCAAUAAAAUGUCAAACUUCAUCCAGACUGGUUCCACCCUGGUGAAGCAGUUAGCUCUGGGAUCAGUACAGAUGUGUGGAGUGGGCCUGCACCCCGCCCUUCCCCCCCUGGCACCCACGCUGCGUGACGUGCCCUACCGUCUCAAUGGCCUUACCAACGAGAAAGAGCAGUGCUGUGUGUCACUGGCUGCAGGUCUUCCUCAUUUUGCGGCUGGGAUGGUCCGUUGCUGGGGCCGGGACACAUUCAUGGCACUGCGAGGUCUGAUGCUGGUGACAGGAAGACACCUGGAGGCCAGAAACAUAAUACUGGCGUUCGCUGGCACCCUGCGGUAUGGCCUGAUCCCCAACCUGCUGGGACAGGGGACUGGCGCCCGCUAUAACUGCCGUGACGCAGUAUGGUGGUGGCUGCAGUGCAUCCAGGACUACUGCAACAUGGUGCCUGACGGAGUAAACAUCCUCAUGUGCCCUGUGUCAAGGAUGUACCCCACCGAUGUGUCCCAGCCACAGCCCGCUGGAACCUGGAUCCAGCCCCUGUAUGAUGUCAUUCAUGAGGCGAUGACGCGUCACAUUCAGGGGACGGAGUUCAGGGAGAGGAACGCUGGACCACAGAUAGAUCGCAACAUGACCGAUGAAGGGUUUAAUGUUGAGGCCAAGGUGAAUGAAGACACUGGAUUUGUCUAUGGAGGAAAUCGUUUCAACUGUGGGACGUGGAUGGACAAGAUGGGAGAGAGUGACGAGGCUCAUAACAAAGGAAUCCCAGCUACACCAAGGGAUGGCUCUGCAGUGGAGAUAGUGGGUCUCUGUAAGUCCACAGUGCGCUGGUUAGUGGACCUUCAUACGCACGGCUUCUUCCCUUACGCAACCCUCACCAUCCUUAGUGAUGGUCGUAACAUCUCUGUGCCCUAUGAAGAGUGGAACAGAAAGAUCCAGGAGAACUUUGAGAAGAUGUUUUACGUGUCUCACAACCUUCAGGACCCCAAUGAGAAACACCCAGACCUGGUGCACAAGAGAGGCAUCUACAAGGAUAGCUAUGGGGCCUCCAGUCCCUGGUGUGACUACCAGCUCAGGCCGAACUUUGCUAUCGCCAUGGUGGUGGCUCCAGAGCUGUUCACAGUGGAAAGGGCCUGGGAGGCACUAGAGAUGGCAGAGAAGAAGCUGCUCGGCCCCCUGGGAAUGAAGACGUUAGAUCCAGAUGACAUGAAGUACUGUGGUGUCUACGAUAAUGCUCUGGAUAGUGAGAAUUUCAAUGUUGCUAAGGGCUUCAACUACCAUCAAGGACCUGAGUGGCUCUGGCCAGUCGGCUAUUUCCUACGAGCCAAACUGUACUUUGCCAAGAAGAUGGGGCCAGAGAUAUACGACAAGACUGUGUACCUGGUGAAGAAUGUUCUCUCUAGGCAUAACAUCCACUUCGAGAGAUCGUCUUGGAAGGGUCUACCUGAGCUGACUAAUGAGAAUGGCCAGUACUGUCCCUUCAGCUGUGAGACUCAGGCCAAGUCUAUCGCCACCAUACUGGAGGUUCUGCAUGAUCUGUAGAUGGAGAACAUCUUAUUUUCUUUUGCAGUUUUCACAAAUAUUUCCUUUAUGCAGUAUUUUCGUGAAGCCCUUUUAACCAUUAUGCCAUACCAUAGCUAGAACCAUGUGGCUAUCUCUACAAAACUGCCUUAAACAACAUAAACCUCUUUGUUACAUGUUGAUAUAAUGUCAAUGUAUGUUUUCAUAAAUGUGGCUUGCAUAUUCAUUGUAGUCAAUACAUAUUUAAUUGCUUUAAAAUUGGUUAGACUAUUCAGUACAUUCAGAAGUACUUUUUUCUUAAUUCUGCAUUCUCAUCGCUGCAGGGGUGAAUUGUCCCUUCUUCCAGUUCUAAAUGCUGUCUCAUACUAUAUAUAUAUAUAUAUUAUUUUGUCCUUGUGACUGAGACAUUAAACUGUGAAUCAGAAAUAUGAAUCAGAUCCACCACAAGAAUAUGCUUCACAUGAUACACCACCAUAAUAAAAAAAAUACCAAUUCACAUUUUUGUUCCAGUCCAAACUUGUGUGGAUCACACCAGUAGAAAUAAAUCAUAUGAAGUAA